UUUACUUGAAGCGCCAAAUUUGAAACACCUGCUGGUAACGGUAGUAAACUCGUCGCAAGUCAAGUUCAAACUCGGUGCUUAUUAUUAUCUUUUCGUGCUGCUAAAGUUAACUUAACACAGACUAGAGGCUUCUGCUCUUCUGUUUUGUCUAAAGAUGAAACGCAGACCGCGAACAACAGCUGUCUGCAAGGAGGUAGAGCACAAAGAUGUCGACACAGACCUGUCCUUUUCCCAGACGCAGAGUAGUGAUGAGGAUAGUGAUGAAUGGAAACCACCUGCUCCAAAGGCCAAGCCCCCCAGCAAGACUACCAGAGUUCCUGCAGCUGCCAAGAAACCUGCUAAACCUAAAGAACCAAAAGCACCCAAAGAACCUAAAGCUCCUAAAGUGCCUAAAGAACCGAAGCCUAGAGCGCCACGGAAACCUGCCGUGGAGCGGAAGCCACGCGCCCCUGGAGUUCCUAAGGAUCCUGGAGCAUCUGGGAUGGCUGGAAGAAAGAGGAAAAAGACAGAUGGAGGCGAGAAAGGCAAGAAGGAUGACAAAGCAGGAGAAGAUGAAGAAGAGAGAGAAACAGAACGUGCAGAAGAACAGAGGGCAGGAGAAGGUGAACCGAGAGUCAGGAUGAAAGAGGAGAGAAUUUCAUUUAUUGUGUCAGACGCCCAUCAGGCAGAUCCUUGGGCAGAUGAGGGGUCAUCUGUGUCGGGGCUAGGAGUGAAGAAAGAGGAGAUGGAGGACUUCACGUUUGAUGAGCCCUGUCUUAAGAAGCAGAAGACGUGUGGUGCUCUGCUGGGGAAACCAGCUGUGUUACCCUCAUCAGAGGCCCAAGCUCUGAGGAAUGAGCUCAACAUGAACUGGGAUGUGAUCGAGCUAUUGUCCACCUUGACGUGUGUAGAGCAUUGGGUGUGUGUGAACAUUGUCCAGCUCCUGCGCGAGGAGAACACAGUGCCUUUCAUGGUGCGCUACCGCAAAGAGAUGAUCAACCACAUGGAUGCCGAUGCAGUCCGAGAUGUGCAGCUGGUAUACGAGGAGAUACGUGGUCUGGCGAAGAAGACCCAGUCUGUCAUCCAAACUCUGAAGAAGGAUGGGGCUUUGACAGCUGAGCUGGAACAAAACUUGAGGAGCUGCCGAUCUGCUGAUGAACUGGAUCAUGUGUAUUCUCCAUAUAAGAAAGGCAGUAAGCUGACAAAAGCACGCAGGGCCAAAGCUCUGGGCCUGGAGGGGGCUGCUGCUGCACUGAUGGACGCCCCACAUGCCCUGGAUUUAAGGGCCUGGGUUAAACAUGGCACUGAAGGUCUGUCAUCAGUGGAGGAGGUGGCUACAGGUGUGGAGCAUAUCUUGGCUGAUAUGAUAGCCAAAGACCCCGAGACCCUAACCUACGUGAGAACACUGUGUGAGAACAGCUAUGUGACUAUCCAGUCCUCCGUGUCCAAAACGGCCCUGAAGGAAAAUAAGCAGGAGAAGCUGGAGCAGGGCAGCACGAGACCAGGGGGCCAUCAAAACAAAACCAAAGAUAUUGACAAGUUCCACCUCUACUUUGACUUCACCUGCAACGUCCAGCGCAUCCAGUCCCACCAGACCCUGGCUAUUAACCGAGGGGAGAGUCUGAAGAUUCUGACAGUGAAGGUGAACAUUCCCGACAGGGUGAAGAGUGACUUCACUAGGUGGUGCAUCAACAACAGAUGGAGGCCUAAGACGUUUGCCAGAGAGGAGCUUAAUCAAAUUAUUAAGAAUGCAGUAGAAGACUCUUAUAAAAGGCUCAUUCUACCUCUGCUCACCAGGAGUUACAGGACUAAGCUGACAAGUGCAGCAGAAAAGGAGUCAAUAGCCAUGUUUGUGCGGUCCCUCCGUCAGCGCCUUUUGGUGCGUCCAGUCAGGGGCUGUGUCAUCAUGGGGGUGGACCCAGGCUUCAGACAUGGCUGUAAGCUGGCCAUCCUCUCCCCCACUAGUCAGAUUCUUCAUACUGAUGUGGUCUACCUCCAUAAUUCAGGCUUGCAGAACGAAGCAGACAAACUGCGCCACCUUAUGAUCAAAUACAGCUGUAACAGGGUUGCCAUUGGCAACGGGACAGCGUGUCGCGAGACUGAGUCCUUCUUUGCUGAUCUCAUCACCAGAGGCCAUUUCCAACCCCUGGAUGUGUCCUACUGUAUAACCAAUGAGGCAGGAGCAUCCAUCUACAGUGUGAGUCCUGAGGCUGUUAAGGAGAUGCCAGACCUGGAUCCCAACCUGAGGAGUGCAGUGUCCAUUGGAAGACGUGUUCAAGAUCCAUUGGCUGAGCUGGUGAAGAUUGAUCCCAAACAUAUCGGCAUUGGAACCUAUCAGCAUGAUGUGUCAGCUGGAGCUCUGAAGGCGGCGCUGGACGGGGUGGUGCAGGAGUGUGUGAGCUUUGUGGGAGUAGACAUCAACAUCUGCUCUGAGACGCUGAUGAGGCAUCUAGCAGGUCUGAAUGCGGGACGGGCACGGAGCAUAGCUGAGUGGAGAGAGCAGAACGGGCCCUUUAUCAACAGGGAGCAGCUCAAACUGAUCAAAGGCAUGGGACCCAAGAGCUACCAGCAGUGUGCCGGCUUCAUCAGAAUCAACCCCCAGAACAUACACAGUGCCAAAUCCUCACCUCGACCUGCACCAGCAGUGCCAGAGAAACCAGCAGCUAAGAAGGGCAAAGGAAAGGCUUCCAACAGUGUACCAGCUUCACCUAACCCUCUGGACCAGACCUGUAUACACCCCGAGUCCUACCAUGUGGCACAGAGAUUUCUCACCAUGAUAGGGGGUAGUGUAGACCAGAUUGGGAGUGAGAGUCUGCGACAGUGUGUGGAGAGCAAGGUUCGGGCCAGCAGUGUGGAGGAGCUGGCCAGAUCCCUGGACACCAGCCCUGAAACCCUCAAACUCAUCAUUGAUGGUCUCACGCAGCCCCCUGGCUUUGACAUACGACAAAACUUUGAACAGGCGGACUUCAAGCGGGGCAUUGUGUCAAUGAGUGAUCUGCGGGUGGGUGCCGUGCUAACGGGCCGGGUGGACAACACCACUCUGUUUGGGGCCUUUGUAGACAUCGGUGUGGGCCGCUCAGGCCUUAUCCACAAGAGCAAAAUCACCCCAGACAAGCUGCCUGCCAGCCAGCGCCGCCGCAGCCUAGCACUGGGCCCUGGGGAACGGGUGGAGGUGCGGGUGCUGAACGUGGACACUCAGAGGGGAAGGAUCGGCCUGGACCUGAUCAGGGUGCUGCAGUAGGGUGACUGCAACCCAUUUCUGACAGUGGUUGGAGGCAAAAACCUUGCAAGGACCAAAUUUAUGAUAGGGGAUUAGUGCUAGAAUUGGCUCUUCUGAAAGGUGACUGAAUUAAUGAUGGCUUAAAUGAAAGUGGAUAAGAACUAUUGUGUUUUUCAUCAGCAGGUAGGCAUGAUGAGGUGGGGAUCUUACAUGAAAAAUAUGUUUUGGCUGGAACCUAGCAACCCAAAGAUGGCAUCUCAUCAACGUCUAAAAUAUUUUAAACCACAGUUCAGUCAGGCUAGACGACCUUGUUCUUGUUAUUACUAGAUAGAUAGUGCUAUGGGACUGGCACUCUCCAUAGAUACGGGCAUGCCCCCUUAAUUUGAACCCAUGACCAGUUGCAUUAUAGAGUUGACAUGGGCUGGACUUUGCAUGGGCUCAUUGUUUCUAAUAAGGGAGUGGAACCCAUGGGACAGUUGGUUAGUCUUUUAAACAGAAGAAAGACUGACUAAAGCAGUCACUCACUCCAAAUGGAGGCUUUAACGUUCAACAGUUUAAGAGUUAAUAUUAAAUAUACAGGUUAUAUUUGUCAUUUCAAAUUAUGUUUCUUUUGUAUUCCUCCAUAAAGUUUGUUAGAGAUA